AUGUCUACCGCUGAGCUCGCCUGCUCUUACGCCGCCCUCAUCCUGGCCGAUGACGGUCUUGAGAUCUCCGCCGACAAGAUCCAGACCAUCCUCGGUGCCGCCAAGGUCCAGGAAGUCGAGCCCAUCUGGGCCACCAUCUUUGCCAAGGCCCUCGAGGGUAAGGAUGUCAAGGAGCUCCUGACCAACGUCGGCUCCGCCGGUGCCGCCUCCGCUGCCCCCGCCGCCGCCACUGGUGGUGCCGCCGCUCCCGCUGAGGAGAAGAAGGAGGAGAAGGAAGAGGACAAGGAGGAGUCCGAUGAGGACAUGGGCUUCGGUCUCUUCGACUAA